AUGAAGGAAGAUCCAAGUGAGUGGAGAUCUAUUGAGAAGAGCCCAAUGUGGAGUCUUCCAGAAGAGAACAAUAAUAUUCUACCUUCCUUAAUGCUGAGUUUUAAUAACUUGCCAUCUACCUCUUUAAAACAAUGUUUUGCUUACUGUGCUAUAUUUCCAAAGGAAGUUCUCAUUGACCAAGAAGAUUUAAUCAAUCUCUGGAAUGCUCAGGGUUUCCUUCAUUGUCAUUCAGAAGGAAGAAAUUUGACACCUGAGGAACUUGGAAGAAAAUAUGUUGAUAUAUUGUUAAGCAGUUCACUUUUACAAGCAGCAACACGGUGUUCUAUAGAUGGUGAUGUAACAGAAUAUCGUAUGCAUUAUUUGGUGCAUGAUAUGGCUCUUUACAUCUCUAGACACGAUUGGGUGAUCUGGAAGGGGGUAGACAAGGUUGGUAAUCCUUCUGGUGGUCGGCAUUUAGCCAUAUUUCCUGAAGAUAAUGACAUAACAUCAGAAUCUCCAGUAGAAAAAAUGACAUGGUUAUGGGACUUACAGACACUACAUUCUACUAUUAGGUUGCCCAUGGAUCUUUUGGCACAUGCCAAAAACUUGCGUGUCCUAAAAUUAGCUGCAACUGGUCUAAAGAAAGUGCCUCCGGCUAUUGGCAGGCUCAGUCAUUUAAGAUACGUAGACCUAUCACAUAAUUCAAUAGUUAUGCUGCCAGAAUCAAUUACAAGCCUCUACCAUCUGCAAACAUUCAGGCUUUUCAGUUACAAGCUCAGGGAAUUACCUCAAAAGUUGUAUAGGUUAGUCAACUUAAGACACCUAUAUCUUACAUCCCGUUCAUGGUGCCUACCUAGAGGGAUUGAACGGUUAACUGCACUCCAGACUCUACCAAUGCUAGAGUUGAAUAAUGAAGGCUUUGGAUGGGAAAUUGGUGAAUUGGGAGUUUUGGGUGACAUUCAUGGCCUCUUAUCUAUCUCUGGACUUGAACAUGUAAAGAGCAAGGGAGAAGCUGAAAAGGCGGGCAUACACAAAAAAAAGGGCAUUUCAGAGCUGCAACUAAUUUGGGGAUGGGGAAGGGCUAGCAAUCACUUAGAAGUAUUAGAUGCUCUCCAGCCUUCUCCAAAUUUAAAACUGCUCAUGAUAACAGGUUAUGAUGGUCCAAAUUUUCCUUCAUGGAUGAAGAGUAUGAUGACUUUGGUGAAGCUGGUACUUCAAGACCAUUCUCUAAUCUGGUGCAUAUUGAAUUAUUAUAUUGCAGAAGCUGCCAACAACUCCCUGCGCUUGGGCAACUACCAUGCCUAA